AUGGAAUGUUACGUGGUUAUAUCCUUUAUUGGCGAAGGAUCCUUUGGUCGUGUGUUCAAAGCAAAACAUAAAGAAACUGACGCCGUUGUAGCUUUAAAAGUUAUAAGAAAGAAGGGCAGAUCAGUGAAAGAUUUGAAAAAUCUAAGACAAGAAUGUGACAUACAAAGGCAGCUGAAACACCCAAAUAUAAUUCGUAUGAUAGAUAGCUUUGACACUGAAUCAGAGCUGGUUGUAGUCACAGAGUAUGCAGAGAAGGAAUUACAUAGUAUACUCGCUAAAGAAGGCUGUUUAAAUGAGGAUCAAGUCAAGAAAAUCACUUGGGAUUUGGUAUCAGCUUUAUAUUAUCUGCAUUCUCACAGAGUACUGCACAGGGAUUUAAAACCACAGAAUGUAUUACUCGACAGUUCAGGGCGAGCAAAAUUAUGUGACUUUGGUCUAGCCAGGAUCAUGACAAAUGCUACACAUAUUCUGACCUCCAUCAAAGGUACUCCUUUGUAUAUGGCGCCUGAAUUAAUUGAGGAGAAGCCUUAUGAUCAUCAGGCAGACUUAUGGUCCCUCGGAUGCAUAGUAUACGAGUUGAUAGCAGGCCAACCUCCCUUCUGUACUAUGUCAAUAUGGCAGCUUGUACGGAUGAUCAGGCACAAGCCGGUGCAGUGGCCUAGUUUUAUCAGCUCUGACGCUAGAUCAUUUUUACAGGGUUUAUUACAUAAAGAUCCAAUGAAAAGAAUGACUUGGCCAGAAAUUUUGGAGCAUCCAUUUGUAUUUGGGCAUGUCACCAUUCUUCCAGAAGAUGUGCAAAGUGAAUCUCCUUUUACGAAACCCUUAUCUUACAGUCAGCAAGAAGCUAAACAACUACAAAGGGAAAAAGUUUGUAGUAAUACAAGAGCAAUACCUGAACCAAAACCAACACCGAAAGAGCAUGAUUUACGUAAUGUACGAGUAAUGCAGGCAAUGGAGUGCGUCCCAAUGUCAGAUGAUGAUAGUGUCAGAGCGACCAGUGCGUUCAGUGUGCGAGAUAGUCUGAAGACUGAUGAUGAAGACCAGUCCCACCCCAUAACAGCAGCUAAUGCAAAACUACUUAGACAUGAGUACAAUGUCCUAAACAAUUCCAACCUCGUUGUAUGCAACCUAGAAAACAAUAUGGCCCAACUCAUGGCAGCUAACAAGAAACAGUCAGAUCUCAACAAAAUGGACAAAAUAGAUGAAGAAAAAACGAAUACAGAGAAACAUGCGGAAGAAAAGAAACCAAUCAGUGCCAGUGAUGGUAAACAGGAAUUACUAGAUGUUAAGCAAAAAGUUAAGUCUAUAGAUACUGCAUCACAAAGCUUGGAACACCCCAAAAGUUCGACGAAAUGCAGUAGUGAAGUCAGCUCUGGGCUCAGCAAAAGCGUCCCACCUUCUUAUAAACAAAAAAUAUUGCAAUUUUCCCGCGACAAGCUCAGAUUUGGAAGUGGAGGGAACAAAUUGACACGAAGUAUUAAAAGAUCCUUCCAUUUUAGUAGAAGUUGGGAUAAAAACAAAACUGAUACGCAAAGACGGACCAGUGAACCGACUAUAGAGGUUUCAAGUCUCAUAGAUGAUAAGGAAAAGUGUUCUAAAGAAGAGAAAGAUCAGGAUGUAGAAAAGUCUGAGAUUAUUGAAGAGAUAUCUGAUGAGAAAGAGGUGGCUGAUAAUGAUAGAAUACUUAAAACUGAAGAUAAAAGUGAUGUCAAAGAGCCAUCUUCAAUUGAAUUGGAAGAAUGGGAGGCAUUCCUGAACUCCAACAUCAGCGAAGUAAUGGAUGGCGACGUGGAAUCUCUCACUCAACUAAACAUGGUUAGCAUGGUGAUAGGCGUAGUAGGUAGUGCGGCCCGAGCGAGUGGCGGGGGGCGCGUGUGUGGCGCUGUGGCAGCCCUACUGGCACUACCUGCGCUGGCGCAUACAUUGCCCAGGCAUACCCUGCUCAAUAUACAGGAUGUAUACCUUGAAUCUAAAGUUGUUUACAACUUUGUGGCUGCGAUUAAUUCGCUAAUGAACAGAGUAUUCAACGACGAUGGAGCGCAAGAUAGGUUACAAGGCGUGGGUCGCAUGCUGGAAGUAUGUGCGUGGCUAUGCGUGCGGUCGUGUCGCGGCGUCCGACAGUUCGCCACCGCACUCACUGCCUACAACGCACACCCUGUCUUUACCGGGCUUCUAAUGCACUAUUCCAAAUCACCCCGUAUAGUUCUCAACAUCGUGGGUCUUCUUAUAACGGUGCUACAAGAUCUACCAGAACAUGCAGACGUCGUCGAAAAGAUACUUUUUGACGAAGAAAAAUUCAAUUUCAUAACUUUGGUGGAACAACCAAGUGACGCUUUGAGAAUGAGAGUGUGUAUAUUAAUUAGUUUGCUGUGCACAUUCUCAUGUACCGCGUUUUCGGUUGCCAUGGAAACGAAGUGGAGUAAGAAAGAGACUGAAUCCAUUGAGGCUUUACACACUCAUUGUAAUGUGGCUCUGAAUAGAGCAGCGCGAUUGGCCACAAAAGAGCUUAGCAAUAUGCCUUUUUAUGUCAGCUAG